AUGAUCCACGGGCUCAACAGCACCGACGAGGGCCGCCAAAACACGACCAACAAGAACUUCAGCUCGCCCCAAACCACAAGCGCUCUCAAAAACUCGUCCUCCGCUACCGCCUCGGGCUCGGGAUCUGCUGCCGCCAACGGGGCUGCUGGCGGUAGCUCAAAUAACCAAGACCCAACCGGCCCCGAAUUCAAUCCUAACGAUAUCUGUAGCCCUCAUGAACUCAUUGGAUGGGUGGACGAUGUACUCGAGAAGCUCGAGGCGAAAUUCAGUAGGAUUGAGUCUGAUGUAAUUGAAAGAUUGGAUGUGUUGGGAACGCGGAUAGAUUCAUUAGAGAUGAGCAUGUCGGGACUACUGGAUGGAGCAAGCAAUACCAACCCGGCAACAGCACAACACCCAGUUGACACAAGUCCUAAGAAGUUAAAUGACAAAUAA